ACGUCCCCAUCCUCCUGGGCUCGAGGAGUGUGGUUUGUGCUCUGCUGGCAAUGUGAUACUGAGAGGUGUUGGAAACGUGGUCGCUUCUUGGGUGGAAAUUGCAGUUUUGUCCCGGCGUGGUAAAGGAGUCGGGAAAGGAGCUUUGGGGUGACGGAGAUGGGCUGUGCUUCUAAACAGGGGGUGAGGAAUUGCUGGUGCUUGGCUGGAGCAGGAGUGCUUGGGUGGAGGAUGCUUAUGGGAAGGUGGCGGUGCCUGGGUUGUGACAGUUCAUAGCCACAACUUGCUCGUGUCUCCUCUCCAUUUGCUCAAGUGAUUUGAGCAUCCCUGAUCUGCUCUUGGAGCACAGAAAGGUAGAGAUUUCCCACCAGGAACCCAAUGCCAAGCAGCUCAAAGUUGUUCUCCCUGCAGUGGCAGCAGCUCUACCACUGUGGCCAACAGAUCCAUUGUGCCCAGUGGGAUGGUCAUGGCACCUUCCCUUGGCACAUUCCAGUGGUACCAUCUUUCCCCAUGGCACCUUCUUCAGUACUCUGUGUUCAGAAUAAACGUUUCCUAGGUGUGGGUUCUGCCCACACUGAUUUCCCUCAAUCUGGAGAUCGCUCCUGGAGUGAAUCGCAGUGGGUGAGAGCAUGGGAAAAUCCACCUUGGGCUUUCUCUUAAUGGGAUUUGAAAGAGACUUUGAUGUGAGCCUGAGCUGGACACUAUGGCACAGGCAGUAUCACACUGUGCAGUGGCUCUUAAGAUAGUCUGUGCCCAUGACAGCCUGCAUGGAUAGAACCAGCAGCUCCUGCAUGACCUCUAGAUGAGCAGAGCCCAUCAGCGCUGCAUCCCAUCUCCUUCUGCCAGUGAUAGAAAACUGAUGGAAGGCAGUUGUGCUUUUGGUCCCAUUGCUCCCUAUUUUCCCAUGGUGCUUUUUAGCAGCUGGGUGAUCCUCCUGGGCCAGGGCAGGAGGGUCAGUGCUGUCCCUCUAAACCUCUUGGCAUGGGCUGGAUGAAAACACACCAUCCUCCGAUGGGAACUCAUGUCACCAUCGGGUCCCUGGGCAAUGACACAACCGGAUCAUAGGACAGGCAGAGUUGGGGCUGGAUGAUUUCACCCAUGCCAUUAUCUGCCCCCAGUCCCACUGGUUUGGGGCACAGCCUGGCUCACACAAUGCCCUGGCAAGGAGCCGGGCACGUAUCUCGAUUUGGGGACAGCGGCACGCGCUGGGCACGCGGGACUGAUGGCUGCCACGUGGUAAAGGGGAGUGGAUGGGGCGGCUGUGGAGACACCCCAAGGUCACCUAUCCAAACACACCCUCUGGCUCAUAAUGUCCAGGGAGGAUUUUUUGGGGGAGGAUGGAGACCAUUGUGGCUGGGGAUUUGUACAUCCCACCAGGACCCCGAGCUGCCAGCACAGGUUGGAUGGCUGCUAUUGCAUUUCAUCUCCCAGUCUUGAGUACCCAUAAAGGGUCUUGCUCCAAAAGACACCGGGCAGAACCAUCACCGCUGUCUCAGCUCCAGGGCUCUAGGGGCAAUCCCAAUGUGUUCUGCCUGCUGGAUCAGAUCCCUGAAAUGGCUGAGCCCAUCCUGCGGGAUCAGAUCCCUGUGGGACACAUCAUGCAGUAUGCGGAGUGCUGAGUGGGGCUGGGGGCUUGGUGGGCACGAGCAAGCUGCGAAACCUCCCCUCCCCCUGACUAAAUCCCUUCCCUGGCGCAGGACAGUAGGUUAUGGGACUCAAGCAGAGGUUGGAUUUAAGGAGAUUACAACUUCUCCCCCAGGAUAAUCUAGAAAUUCAAUUAAAACUCUCUGUCUCUCUCCUGGGCUGCAGCAGGGCCACGGGGCACCCUGCACCCUGCAGCCAUGGCUGGGGAGCACUGGAGAGACCCCCCUAGGCUCAAGCCAGAGCCUCUCACGGGAAACUUGUGGUGACGUGGCUGCCAAGACGUGGAAGCCUGGGACUUCUCUUCCACCGCACCAGAAUUUGGGGGGAGGGCAGGGGUGGGCCAGGGGGACACCGGGAGUCACAAGACCCUUCCCCUUCACUGUGGGUUUGGCUCAGGGAUGACUGCAGGCAGGGUCAACCCUUACAGCAUAGUGUCCUCCGAGGAAGACGGACUGAGGUUGACCACCAUGCCAGGGAUUAACGGCUUUGGCAAUGGGAAAAUCCACACCAGGAGGAAAUGCAGGAACAGGUUUGUAAAGAAGAACGGUCAGUGCAAUGUGGAGUUCACGAACAUGGACGACAAGCCACAGAGGUACAUUGCAGACAUGUUCACCACGUGUGUUGACAUCCGUUGGAGGUAUAUGCUCUUGCUCUUCUCCCUGGCAUUUCUGGUAUCCUGGUUAUUGUUUGGGCUGAUUUUCUGGCUAAUUGCACUCAUUCAUGGAGAUCUAGAAAACCCAGGUGGAGAUGAUACCUUCAAGCCUUGCGUUCUGCAGGUCAAUGGCUUUGUGGCUGCUUUUCUGUUCUCCAUCGAGACCCAAACGACUAUUGGUUAUGGCUUCCGCUGUGUGACAGAGGAGUGCCCGCUCGCGGUCUUCAUGGUGGUGGUUCAGUCCAUCGUGGGGUGUAUAAUCGACUCUUUCAUGAUUGGUGCAAUAAUGGCAAAGAUGGCCAGGCCCAAAAAAAGGGCCCAGACGUUACUUUUCAGCCAUAAUGCAGUAGUGGCAAUGAGAGAUGGGAAACUCUGCCUGAUGUGGAGAGUCGGGAAUCUCCGGAAAAGCCACAUAGUAGAAGCCCAUGUACGAGCUCAAUUAAUUAAGCCCAGAAUCACAGAAGAAGGGGAGUACAUCCCACUCGACCAAAUAGAUAUCGACGUGGGGUUUGAUAAAGGCUUGGACCGUAUCUUCUUGGUGUCCCCCAUUACCAUUCUCCAUGAGAUCAACGAAGACAGCCCGCUGUUCGGGAUCAGCCGCCAGGACUUGGAGACGGACGACUUUGAGAUUGUGGUCAUCCUCGAAGGCAUGGUAGAAGCCACUGCGAUGACGACACAAGCUCGGAGCUCCUACCUGGCCAGCGAGAUCCUGUGGGGCCACCGCUUCGAGCCUGUCUUGUUUGAGGAGAAAAACCAAUACAAAGUAGACUAUUCCCACUUCCACAAAACAUACGAGGUCCCGUCCACGCCCCGCUGCAGCGCCAAGGACUUGGUGGAGAACAAAUUCCUGCUGCCCAGCACCAACUCCUUCUGCUACGAGAACGAGCUGGCCUUCAUGAGCCGCGAUGAGGAUGAGGAGGAUGAUGACAGCAGGGGUUUGGACGACCUGAGCCCAGACAACAGGCAUGAGUUCGACCGGCUUCAAGCAACGAUAGCGUUGGAUCAGAGGUCAUACCGGAGGGAGUCAGAAAUAUGACUCUAGGUCCUCUCGUUGACUUUUCCGAGGGUAUUUUUUUUCCUCCUCUAAUCUCUUCCCCUACAACCCGCUCAAAUUAUGCAGAACAAUGCAAGUGCCAUAGGAAUGCUUGAGAAAUUAGUCUUGUUCCUAGUUUUCAGUUUCAUCGCAAUAACCACUGAGCGGUCUGCAGGAGGGGACGGGGCAGGCACAGCGCUCCCCACACCCUGGGGGGACGGGGGGGUCCCGGGGCAUGUGUGUCCCGUACUGGCUGUAGGGCUGGGCUCUCCCCAUGGGGAAAGCGCGAGCGUCUUCUUGGAGCCGAGAUCCAAAUAGAGGAAAUAUCAGGAAACAAACCUUUAUCUUUCUUUUUUUUUCCUUUUUUUUUUAAAUAUAACUGAGCUGCAACAAAACAAAAAUCGCUCUUUCUGGCAGGCAGUAUGAUUCAGUUGCACAAGAACAACACUUGAAAUACCAUGCAACGUUAACGUACUUCUUUUUAAUUUGGGGAAAGGGGAGGGGAGGGAGGCAAGAAGGUUUUUAAUUUUUUCAACAUAACCUUUGGGAGACUGUUUACCAAAAUAAUAAUAACAAUAAUAUUAGUAAUAAUAAUAAUAUUAAAUCUGAAAGAAAUGAUUUGGUAUUUUUUAAAAGCGAGCAAGGGAAUGAAUAAGCUGCAGGGGUCUCUUGAGUGGUGACUUGCUGGGUAGAUGCAGGAGCUCAAAGCCAAGGCAGCAUCUGAUUGAGGGGUGGAUUUUUUUUCCACUGGCACUGCUUCAUAGGCAGAAAACAGAUGUAAGUGGCUGCAGGUCCGUGGCAGUGAAAGCAAGUAGCGUAAUUACCAGCAAAGUAGCUAAUAAGGAAAAGCCAGACUGCUGUAGAGAGAACCCUUGUAAACACAAUAAUUAGCCACAUUCUGGAAAUAUUGAUCUUCAGGGUGGAAAUUGGGCCUGGGGCGUCAGCUGCUGAAGUGCUGCGUCUCCAGUGGGGAAUUCAUAACUUCCACCAGAACUAGGAUGAAAAAAUGAAAAGCACAAAAGGCAGACUGGAAAGCUCUUGAAUUUCGGUAUUUUCCCAUUCCACCCACCAAUGUGGUAUUUUCUCCUUCAAAAAACCAUUUGAAAUGUGGAGAUCGAGGUGAAAUGUGUCUUGCUGGGUUGCAUCUCAUGUAGCCCAGAAGUAGGACGUGAGCAUUGUCCGUGCCACCUCUGCCGGGCUGGGAUUUGUGAAUUCCCCAUUCACUGGAGGGUUCUGUUUGGAUUCUUUUCCAAAACCAACAGAUGCCAGUCGGGAAACCCACCAUGUCCCUCACAUCACCCUGUCCCCAUGUCCCAGCCUUGAGGUGGAUUGUGCCUUAGAGAUGCAAACUCACACGCGCUCAUCCCACGCCCAUCCCACCCAUUCCCAUCGCUCUGUCCCAUCUGCUGCCCUUUGGGCUGGUCUUGUUUGCACGCUGGUUUGCCUUUUACUAACAUAGAAUCACAGGAUCAUUAGUGUUGGAAAAGACCAUUACGAUCGCCAGUUCCAAACGCCAACCCAUCUACCACCAUGCCACCGAACCUUGUCCCUACUAUGCCAUGAGGCAAACCGUGCCGUGCAUGGGAAGCCUUCUCUCCCUUUGCAAGGAGGGAAGUUGGGAAGAUGUAGCUUACUGCUUCCCUCAUGCUGGAGCUGGAUACGGCUCUCUGUGCUGCAGGAAGGGCUAGGGUCCUGCACCCGGCUUCAGCCAUAAGGGCUUGGGAGAGGGGUCUGCAGCAGUGCUUCAGCUCCGUGGGCUCCUGGCACUUUCCUCUCUCCAUCCCACUACAGGCAAGCCAUGUCCAGGCGUGAUAGCCUAGUCUAAAUGCCAGCAGCACAGGUAGGAUUUGUCCUCAACGCUCGUCCCUAUCUCAUUUUUGCAAAGAGUGUCCCAAAUAGGGCUGUCCUUAAAAUGGGGGACACGCUAGGACUUGCCAUUCAUGGCACCAUCCAUGACUUUCAUCUUUCUGAUGAAGUGACACAUUGCCAUCCCAUCACCGGUCCCUUUGCACCAACGGGGAUGGUUUUGCCCCCCGUGUUUUGCCCCACAGCAUCGAGGGGGGUGGGCAGGGCAACAGGGAGGGGGCAGAGAGAUUUUGUGUGCGCACUACUUAUUUAUUUUUUUAAAGAAAUGCUUUUAAGUGGUUUUAGGUUCUUUUGAAUAAAUAAUAACUCUAUUAAAAGGUGCACAUCUUGCUGCUGUAGGAUUCUCAGAGGGUUAAUUUCUUUAUAAGUAUAUAUAUCUCACAGUAAAUAUUUGUACAAAAAAAAAAAGGGGGGGAAAAAAAAAGAGAAA